UCUCCGAGUCCCAGCAUCACCGACAGCCCCGCGAUGCUGUCAUAACCAACACGUUUAUCGUUGACGACGCAGAGAGGGGCUGCCGUGUUUUCUGAAUGGUAACUGUGAUCGGGUUGCAUUGAUUCCGAAGCAGAAUACGGGCCUUAUGUAUGUAUGUGCGACCACCUUCGGAGACAUAACGGGCUGCUCGUUACAGGCUGAAGCCGUUUCUUCGAGGAUACGUGCGCGUCAUAUGUUAUAGGCUAUAGCUGAGGUCCAUGUGAAUACAUGCUUUUAGAUGUCGGGAGGCUUUCCGAGGGCAGUACUGAGCUAUAAAAGUGCGGCAGCGAUGUGCACGUCCGACGGCCACACGGAGCGAGCGCAGUGAGAGACCGUUUGUUCCACCGUAGUCUUUGACUUUUCAGCUGUCGGUCACAGGCAGGGUUCAGGCUCUCCGCUUCAGCUCCUCACUUGGUUCACCGCCUGGUUUUAUGCGACGUCAUGAGUUGAUCGCGCCUGACAGAUGUUGCUGUGUUGCAGAUGCACAGGCAUCGCUCCUCGCGUUCUUCUCACUGCUGUUUGAGCGUUGAUUAGGUUAAAUAAUAAUAAUAAUAAGAAGAAGCUGAUUAUAUUCUAAAUGUUAAGCCCUCGCUUUGCUCUCGGACAGCUCGCAGCGUUCAUUUAGUCUUCGUGAUUGCAUAAAAUGAUACCUGGAUCCGCCGCAUCAAUGCUACCGUCAGCAGAAGCCGCGAAACUGUACCAGACCAAUUACGUCCGCAACUCCCGUGUGAUCGGACUUCUGUGGGCCAUCUUCACUAUUCUGUUCGGUAUUGUUAACGUGACCAUCUUCUCGCAGCCCUAUUGGAUUGGAGAUGGCAUGGAUACGCCGCAGGUCGGCUACUUCGGCCUUUUUCAUUAUUGUAUUGGAGAUGGAGUCUCCAGAGACCUGACCUGCCAGGGUAGCUUCACUGAGUUCGCCGCUAUCCCCUCUGGUGCGUUCAAGGCCGCCUCCUUCUUCAUUGGAAUGUCUAUGAUGCUGGUCGUCACCUGCAUCGGCUGCUUCAGUCUCUUCUUCCUCCUCAGCACAUCCACCGUGUACAAGAUCUGUGGCUGGAUGCAAGCAGCAUCAGGUGUCUGUCUGGUGCUGGGUUGUAUGAUCUAUCCUGAUGGAUGGGACAGUGACGAGGUCCGGCGGAUGUGCGGAGAGCAGACUGACAAGUACAGCCUGGGCGCGUGCUCCGUUCGCUGGGCUUAUAUCUUGGCUAUCAUGGGCAUCCUGGACGCCCUCAUCCUCUCCUUCUUGGCUUUCGUCCUGGGGAACCGGCAGGACGGCCUCAUGACAGAGGAGCUGCUGGCUGAAAGCAAGGAUGGAGGGAAUGCCUAAUCAAAUCAAUAGGUUCCCAAAGAUCCACGUGUCUGUUUUCAUAAAGUACCAGUCGAUCAACAUCAGCUUAAAAAGGAGGGAGGCGGUCCGAGUGUGUGGUGGAAAGGAAUUCUGUUGAACCAGCCAGCCUGCCUUUUGCAACUACCUGCCAAAAAAACCCAAUGUAACCUACCUUUGAUGUUGUGCUCACCGUUGUGCUCACAGUCCUUACGUCAUCCCCAGCAUUUAGAUGGAGCCCAAAGCACUUCUAUCCUAAUGUGUCCGAGCCUUGCACAACAUUUCAUAGACCAUGGCAAGGGGCAGAGACUGUUAAUCUGUCGACAAGAGUAUGGACUACCCACUACCUACCUGCAAAGACACAGGGUUGACAUUGUACACUUGCAUUGUGAGCACAGACAAAACACAAACACACACACACUCACACACACACACACACACUACAACCAAUGUUCCCUCUAAUUUUUUC